AUGUGCACUUCAUUAGGAGCUUGUUUUGAACUAGAAAAUGCAAUACCUUUUUUUUUGAACCCUAUCACAAAAGAAAAAGUACUUGCUUUCUAUGAUCCAGCGCAUAUGAUUAAACUCAUUCAAAAUACUUUGGGCGACAAAAAAAAUAUUAUAAAUGGUAAAAACGAAAUGAUCAAAUGGGAGUAUAUAUCAAAAUUAUAUGAAAAAGAAAAGGAAGAAGGUCCAAGGGCUGGUACAAAAUUAACUUCUAAACAUAUUUACUAUGGAAAUCAUAAAAUGAAUGUACGUUUAGCUGCUCAAAUACUAAGUACUUGUGUUUCAGAUGCUCUGCUUUUUACCAAAACAAAGGACUCGUCAUUUGAUGGAUGCAAUGCAACUGCUGAGUUUUGUUUGAUGUUUAACAAUGCAUUUGAUAUCCUUAAUGCUCGUAAAAAAUUAUCAAAUACACCUUUCAAUGGAGCAAUUACUGAAGGUAAUGUCAAAAGAUAUGAAGCAUUUUAUGAAAAAUUUAAAAUUUAUGUUGCUCAAUUAAAAUUUGAAGAUGGUACACUAGUAAUCAAUUCAAAAAGAAAAACUGGAUUCAUAGGUCUUAUUUUGGGUUUAAAAAAUGCAUUAGACUUGUAUAACGUUCUAAUAGAAAAAGGUGAUUUGUCAUAUUUAAUAACGUACAAAUUAAGUCAAGAUCACUUAGAGACAUUUUUUAGUGCUCUUAGAAGCCGUGGUGGAUAUAACGACAAUCCCACAUGCAGGCAGUUCCAGGCUUCGUGUAUUAGGUUGUUAAUACACAAUGAAAUUAUAACUUCACCAUAUGGAAACUGCUCAAUUUUAGACUCUACAUCAAUAACAUCAAUUACAACUCCGCAGACUCACCUUCCAAAUAGUAUUGAGGAAAAUAAUUUAUUAAUCUCAAUAUCGGAUGAACAACUAUUUAGCAGUAUCUCAAAUUUAAGUCCAUUCAUCGAAGAUAUUACUUCAUAUAUAGCCGGAUUUAUUGCUAAAAAAUUGGAAACUAAAUUAAAGUGUCAAUAUUGUAUAAAAGAAAUCUAUGGACCACAUCAAAUUAGUAACCUAGCAACAAUCAAAGACCGAGGCUGA